CCCAGCUAGUGUGCGUAGCGCGCCUACGAGCGCACGGCUUCUAUCUCGGUGCGUGUCGCGUGCUCUUCUCCGACAGCGCUGCGCCUCACCGAACGUUUGUGCGUUCUGCGCGUUCUUUUUAAAGAGCGCGAGGAUUGUUUUCGAGCAAGUGGGACCGAGCUUCUGCCGCUCUUUCUUCGUUGAUCUGUGUUCUCGAGGAUUUUCCGUGCGGUGUUGCCACCUCCUAAGCAACCUGAUCGAAACUGCUGCACCUGCCCGGCUGAGCUUCUACGGGAACUGCUCGUGGAGGGACUAGGACGGCGCGUUUUCUGCUUGUCAGUUGUGCUGUUGACUCGCUGUAUCCUGAAGUUUCCACGAUGAACCUAGGUGCCUCUGGAUAUGAGUCCCUUUGCGGCACAGCGCACCACUUUCGCUCAGCGACAGCCUCAGGGCCCGUGAGAAGCUGCGCCCCAGGAGCCUGAGCGUCGAGGGCGGCCAUGGCGCCGGCCAAGGGCGUGUCUGCGAGCGCCACCAGCCUGGCGCACAGCAUGAUGAUGCCCCGCUGCACUAUGUCGAUCACCCGCACCAAGGGGCUGCUCAACAUGCCGGGCCAGAACAACUGCUUCCUCAACAGCGCCGUACAGGUCUUGUGGCACUUGGAUAUAUUUCGAAGAAGCUUCAGAGACUUGAGUGGACAUAUCUGCAUGUCAGACUCAUGCAUUUUCUGUGCGCUGAAGGAACUUUUUGCCCAGUUCCAGUACAGUCAAGAAUCUGCCCUUCCACCUGAUGCUUUACGGCGGGCAUUGGCAGAGACCUUCUUUGACCAGAGGAGAUUUCAACUGGGGUAUAUGGAUGAUGCUGCUGAAUGUUUUGAAAACAUUCUUCAACGGAUUCAUUUCCACAUUGCCAGUCAGGAGGUUGAAGAUAUGUGCAAUGUUGCACACUGCAUUCCUCACCAGAAGUUUGCUAUGACGCUUGUUGAGCAGACUGUAUGUCAUGUUUGUGGAGCAUCAUCAGAGCCUCUGCCAUUUACUCAGAUGGUUCACUACGUCUCUGCCUCUGCUUUAUGCCUGCAGGCAUCACUUGUAGAUAGUAAGGAACAAAAGCCAGUGUCCUUUGGAGAGCUGCUGCGAAGAGCAGGAGGAAUGGGUGACAUCAGAGACUGCCCAAGCUCAUGUGGUGCCAAAAUCCAGAUAUGCAAGACGCUUAUGAACCGACCGGAUAUAGUGAGCCUUGGUCUGGUUUGGGAUUCUGAGAGACCAAGUGUAGACCACAUUGUAGAUGUUCUCGACAGCAUUGGGAUGACUGUAAAUAUGGAUGAGAUGUUUCACAAAGUUGUAGAUACCAGGUGGGCCAGCACAGUGACUCAUCACCUCGUAGGCAUAGUGACAUACUACGGCAAACAUUACUCUACAUUUUUCUUCCACACAAAGCUGUGUGUUUGGAUAUACUUUGAUGAUGCCACCGUGAGAGAGAUUGGCCCCCAUUGGCAGCAAGUGGUGGACAAAUGUCACAGAGGGCACUUUCAGCCUCUACUCCUGCUUUAUGCAAACCCCAACGGAACUCCAGUGUCUACAGCCACUGCACCAACUUCUGUGAUACACUACAUAUCUGAACACAAAAAAAAACAAAUGGACUUGAAGCGAUCCACAAGUGAAAAGCACAGAUAUGGCCAGCAAAAUGGAAAAAACAGUGAUCAGCUGCCUGCAGGCAUGCACAUCGCCAGUGAUGCAUCAUGGAGUCGUGGCAGCUACCUGACCAACAAGAAAGGGAUUAGCAUAGGAGGCCGCUCAGCAGUGCAGGAGCCUUUGCCCAUCUCAGACAUGGCUUUUGCGCACUGUGCAAAACCAAGGGCACGGACUUACUCGGACACAUCCAUCAUGUCGGAGCGCCCUUAUGAGCAACAUGGCAGUGGGUCAGACCUGGAAACUCAGCACGUGCACACAAUUGAAGGUGCACACCAUGUGGCCAGACAGGCAGGAAGAAAUAACACCUCAGACAUAGACAUCAACGGCACAUAUAUCAGCAGGCAGGCAGUGGAGAGUGUACUAAGCCUUCAACACAAGCAAAGGCAACGAACACUGCAUGGGGCCAACACACCCGUUGUACCUGGCAGCCGAAAUAGCAGCAGCAGUCUUGAAUCAUUUGAGAACUCACUGCACAUGAGGGAGAAGGCAUCUGACUGCGUUGAUGGCGCUUGCCGGAGAAGAGAUUCGGGUAACUGGAGUGGAGAUAGAAACAGUGCCAGCUCGGCCAGCAGCACCUCCUUGGAUGGGUCCUACUACUGUGCCUCAGGUGUAAGGAGAGCUUGUGGAAGCCCUGGCAGGCCAGUGAACAACUUUUCCAAGCAUGAAUAUUCGAACAUAGGGAUGCUUGUGGACAAAGGCUAUGACUCUUAUUCCCUGUCAAGCACAGACAGCUACCCAUCUGCAGGAAUGCCAGGGUCUCCAGCCAAGGCAGACCCACGGCUGCAACAAAUACCAGAGGCCGUACACAUUUCCAACAGGCUUAAGCGGGCCAUUCACCACUCUCUGCUGCAAGGAAGCGACUCAGCCUCAGAUUCAGUUUUUGAUGAUGUCUUCACCAGUGGGAAAGGGGAGGAAGAAGAAUCACAAGACUGUGACAAGUUGUGCUCGCAAGCUGAGAUGUGCUUGAAGAUGUCAUACGAAAAGGAGCAAGCAGGAGACCUUAAAAUGGCCAUUUUCUUCAGUGAUUCAGCAGCAGCUAAAGCAAGAGCCGCCAUGGAUGCUCCUUAUGGCAAUGCACAGUCACUGAUUGCAGCGAAGAUGAAGCACAGCAUGAGUGUGAUGCGCUCAUCCAACCUAUCCAAGCGAUUGAAGGAAGCAGAAGAACGACGCCGAGGGAAGGAGUCCAAUGGCUAUGAUGCUCACCACAGCCGUCAAGGAAGCAGAGAUAGCACUCACAGCCGCCACACUCGCCAGGGCAGCAGGGACAGUGCAUGCACAGUCAUUGAUCUGUCAGAGCCAGUGAAAAGCAUAGAAAUAUAUGCAACUCUGCCAAAAAAGAGCUCCAAAAAGAAAAGUGCACUGUUUGCUCAGUCUUCUCUUCGUCUAAAAGAUGGAGUGGAAAAUUACAAGGAUUUCCUCGCAGAGCAGUGGCACACCAGCAGUCAGGAUGAUAUGGCCAUUAAAAUGAUGUCUGAUGGAGAAUACACACUUAAUCCUAAGACUAAAAUGAGAAAUGGAGUGGGCAGCCAUGGUGAGACCAAUGGCACAAAGAUGAAAGACCCUGAAUUCAGUGACUAUUCUAGCGAAUGGGAGCAGUCCAAAAAGCCUUCCUUACAUCGAACACUCUCCAACCCGACAGGCAUGAAGAACCAUGAUGCUGAAGACGGCGGUAAUGCUUCGGCAUCAAUGAAGAAGCAGCACAGGAUUCGGAGAAAGUUGAUGGGUGGUUUCAUGCGCCGCAAAAACAGGAGUCUCCCUGAUUUACGUGAAGGCAAAGAUGCACCGCAGGCUGAAUCAAGGGCACUUGAUGACACCGUAAUUUUUGAUGCUAAGAAUGAAUGUGGCAUCAAGCAAGAGUCCUCUAAUGAAGAUGAAGCUCGUGAAGAUCACUCAGCCACAAUCAAACGACGUGGCUUCCACCAGCCUCACAGAGCUUUUGUUAGCAGAAACUAUGCACAGCGACCACUUUUGACCAAGGUUGACCCUCCUCAAGUUGACGGUGUGACUUCCUCUGCCUCGCUACAUCAGAAGAACACUGCCUGUGGGCAGCAAGAUGAUUCAUCUAAGCAGACACCAUGUUGGCCACAGCCACGACAGCAGCCAUCUGAAGGGGUCAUCCCUUCCACUAUGCUGCACCACAGGAACACUGGUUUUGAGCAACAAGACCUUUCAGCUAUACAGGUACCUUGUUGGCCACAGACUCGACAGAAACCACCUGAAAAGCUUGGAAACAAAACUGUUGGGGUUGACAUAGGUGGUUUUAGUGAUUCUCAUAUGCCAAACACAGCUGUAAACCUGCCCAAUGGGUUCAAUCUAAACCAAGGCAUGGCUUUGGAACCAAACAGCUUCUUGACAGAACUGCACAACAAGAGAACACAAAUCUUGAAAUCACUGCCCAAGCCGACCGAAAAUGUUCGAAAACACCAGGGUGGUGAGCCAGCAACACCAGUGAAGCUCGAACAGCAUUCCAGUUCUGCUCCAAGUGGAAAUAACUGGUUGUGUGAACUUCAAUCAAAACAGAUGGCUAUGCUCAAAAAAGGGGACCAUGUGGAUGAUGUGAAGACUACACGUGACAAAGAUACGAUACCAUCUGGAAAAGAUGAAGCUGUUCGACAGCCACUGAUGUAUUGUGCUACCCAAGUUGCCAAUAGAAAUGAAUAUCUUGCUGAAAGCCAAGCCACACAAUAUCCUAAUGGAUUUAUCCAAAGUUCUGACGAGCAGCAUAACGAAAGUGCAGAAGAGCAGGAGGAUAUAAAACCCAAAUCUGUCAAAGACCUUGCACUGAGAUUUGAAAAGAUCCUGCGUCCUACUCUGCCAGAUCAAGAAGUGUCUAUUGUACGUGAAGAGUUACAGCUAUCUGCUGUCAAGGAACCUUCCUUCACUGCCAACAAGGGUGCCCUAGGUUCUGCAGGAAACUUGGUCACGCCUAGAGAUUCUUCUUGUGAAUCACAAGCAAUGAGCGUCUCAUCUUUGGCGAUGCGCAGUGAGAGAACAAGUGCAUCAGCAAGUCUGCAGACAGGCUCCGAGAACAUGUGUCAGGGCCGACCUUUUGGUACAUCACAAUUCACACAGUCAGCUGCUGCUCCAUGCCAUAGAACAGCUAAUUCUGCAAGCCAUUCACAACAAGUGACUCCAGCUGGGCAGACUUGCCAGCCACAGAAUCUUGCCAAAUCAUUGUGCUCUAGUGGCAGUCUUCCACCAUUACACCAAGCUCCAAUAUCACCACCUGCACCUUGUCCCAUAAACUCUGUUCGUCACCACGCUUCAUUUACUCGACCGCUUGUUCCACAGACAUCAUUCCAGAGCACGUCACCUGUCAUAGGCACAAUUAAUGGGACAAGCAAUCAUCUGGCACCCAGUCAUGGAGACUCCGUUCUUGUGGCAUCCAGCAUAGGAGUAUCCAGCCAUGGGGCAUCGAGCAGUGGAGGAGGCAGCUAUGGAACAGCCAGUUAUGAACAGAAACCUAGGCCUCCAUCAGCACAGCAGCUAUACGGGAAGGCUUUCCCAAAUGUUAAAUAUGAUCUUGCAGAGACAAGAUUUUUUAGCAUGGCUAGAGGACACCCAGCAGUCCCAGUAGUUGGUGAAACAACACUGCAUACCACUUCACCUGCCAACAAUGAUUCAUCAAAGCGACCAACAAGACCUCCUGAUUAUGAAACUGCAUUGCAGCGACUUGAAAUGAUAAAGGAGCAGCAUCGCACAACAUCUCCUGACACCUGUCAGUUUCCUGCAAAAACACCACCAGAUGUGCUUCAAGGUCAGCAGCUACCUCAAUCAGAAGUGGAGCUCGGCAAAAUGCGCAAAACUGCCCUAAAAAAGUGUGUCACUUUUUCGGAUGAAGUAGUUUUAGUAGCUUGUGCAGAGGAAGAGGAAGAUGACUAUGUGCCCAAUCCGCUUCUUGAACGGGUUUACCGGCAGCAUGCAGCGAAGCAGGACUGCAGCAGAGAGUGUCACGAGACUUCACAGUUUGAGGACAUAAGCUCUGUUCACUCGUCUGACUCAUGUGAUAGUGUUUGCCAUGUGGACUCAGUUGUUAGGCCUCAUGACAGCUCCCAAGUUCCUUGCAACCUGUGUCACAAGAAGUUUGUGUCUCCUCCGACAGUGUAUUGUCCAGACUGUGCCUUUUACAUGUCAAGGUUCCAAAAACGGACAUAGCCUUUUUUUCCUGAACAUUCUCCUCCGGACUUUUGCCCAGUCUGUGAUAUUUGUCAGGGUUAACUUGAUUAAAUGCCACUUGCUCAAGUAUGUUGUACUUUUGCACUGUUAGUUCUACAAUACAAAUUGAAGUUCCAUCUAAUACAACAUCUAGCAAGUGGCUUUACCUUCCGUAAAAUUAAGGUUGUGCCCAGAUGCCAAGCAAACAAUGGUGUCUUAAGUAUUAUAUGUCCUGUUACAUUUUUUUCAUUGAAUUCUUGUGUGCCCAGUAUUGACUACACUGACAAGACAAAAAUAGCACAAGUUAUGUAAUAAUUCAAUGCUUGAAUGUGUUUGUUCAUAUGCUGUGUACAUUUGUUUAUAAAGUAUAGCAAAUGUUAUUUCACAACAAAGGCACAAUAAAUGUCUGUUGUGCACCUUGUGUUCAGAAACGUAGCUAUUUAUACAAAUGAGAAAGCAGUACCUUGAAAAUUUUGUGAUAAUUCGAACAUUUUUAUGUAUCAGAUGCUUCCACAUUGUACAGUAUUAGUUACAUGAAAGCACCUAUGCCUCAUGAUCUCAAUUCACCUAAUUCACUUUAACAAUAUAAUAUGUUAUAGUAGGUGUUAAGCAUAACACGUAGUAUUUGUAAAAAGAGCCUCACUGAAACUUUCUUCAAACUUCGUUCUAUAGCCUUGCUAUUGUGUAAAAUAUGCAUGCAUUCUUCACAUGAGCUAACAGAAAAGCUGUACUUUACAAAUACAAAAACACCUUUUUAUAAGCUUUUAUGUGCCAAAGUUGAAAUCAAUUUGUAAAUAAACAUUACUUUUUAUUGCAACAA